GAUCUUUUAAAAUUGAAUUUUUAAACGUGAACUUUUGAGAAAUGCCGAUGAAUUACUCAGAGGAGCAGAGGAACGGCCUCUACUCGGGCGGGUCUCACGAAGAGAACGUGAUAUUCGCCACCUUCUACAUCAUUGUCUUCAUUCUCUCGGUGCCGUGCAACGCCCUGGCUCUGUGGGUUUUCUGUCACGCCAAAAAAAGCACCCCUUCCAAGGUGUUCCUGCUGAACCUGGCACUGGCUGACAUGUUCUACGUGCUGGUGCUACCGAUGCGGGUGGUCUACCACGCUUCGGACAGUCACUGGCCGCUCGGAGAGGCUUCCUGCCGCCUGGUGGGCUUCCUCUUCUUUCUGAACCUCUACUGCAGCAUGUUCUUCAUGACCUGCAUCAGUCUGGACCGGCUCCUGGCCAUCGUCUUGCCGCUGCGGUGCCAGAACCUGCGGAGAACCUCCUAUGCCAAGGCGGCAUGCGUGGUCCUGUGGGUCAUCGGGACUGUGUCCAUGGCGCCGGUGCUUUUCUCCUCCCAGACGGUGACGGUCCACUCGGCAGAACGUAACGUGACCGUGUGCCAGCAGCUCUACCUGGAGAAGUCUUCCAGCAAGGCUCUUGUGUCGACAGCGGUGGCCAUUGCCAUCCCUCUGGUGACCUUGACGGUUUCCUAUGUGCUGAUUCUGCUCAAGCUCAGAGCGAUGACCUUCAAUGAGAGGACUUCUGUCCAGCAGAAAGCCUUGAGGAUGAUCGUUCUGACCGUGGUCAUCUUCCUCGUUGCCUUUGUGCCCUACCACGUCCACCGGUUCCUCUACAUCCAUCGGCACACUCACAGCCACCUAUCGGACGACGAAAUUCGGUCGUUGGCUUUCGGCAAUCGCUUAACGUCCGCUCUGACGUGUGUCAGCGGCGUGCUGGAUCCGGUCAUGUACUUUUUCCUCACUAGAAACUACCAAACCACUCUGCUUCAGUUGUGCGGGAGGACGUCAGAUAAAGACAAGCCACAGUCCACUUCCUGAACAUGGCGAGAACUUCCCUCAUAAAAAAUAUUCGCCACUAGUUUCAUGGGAACCAGCACAUUUUUCCUAGCAUUGCCACCCUCCCUGUACCGGACUAGGGUUCAAUUCCUCUGCAGGGAAUCUGAUAUAAAAGGAAUUUUAAGACAUUUAAAGACACACCUAAAGUUGGUUUGUUAGACUUAGUUAACAAGCUAGUUUUUUUUUUUAAUUGAAGAACUUUCCCCUUUAAGGAUUUGGUUUGUUUUUACACAGGGGAAAAAAAAUCUAAGUGCACCAACCUGUCACAACAAACCAAACCAUGUGACAUCAUUCUCUCUACUGAUUGGUCACAGGACCCCGUCUGGGCCAGAAGAAAGAAAGUAAAUACAGGCAGAAGGUCCCAAGAUCUGGACAAGUGUAUAUAUAUAUAUACAUAUAUUUAGCUAUAUUUAGGAGAGACAUAUUUUUUUUUUAAGUAAAGGUAUGUGGUAGAAGGAUUUAUGUAAUUUUAAAACUUUUGCAGAUUAGCUGUGAUACAAAAAAACUGUGAAAUAUGUUGGAAAAGCUGUAAAAACGCUCUUAAACAAGAUUUUUGACCUAAAGCUUUUCAGAAAACGAACGUAAAAAACCAUAAGCUUUCUGUGAUUCAGCAUUAAAACUUAACUGUAACUCAAGCACUUUAAUCACUGUAUAAACUGCACGAUUUCUCUAGCUUUUCACACCAAAACUGGUGGAAUUGUUGCACAUUUCUUUUUGAGAUUAUACUUUAUUUAAUACGUAUAUAUAAAAGUCCUGGAAUAAAUUAAGAGAGCACUUAAAUUGAUGAGUUUCUUUGAUUUUACCAAAUUGAAAUUUCAGCCAUUUCUUAUUUUCUGUAAAUAAAUGCUCUAAAUGAGAAUAUAUAUUAUUUGGAAUUUGGGAGAAAUGUUGUCUGUAGUUUAUAGAAUAAAACAACAAUGUUCAUUUUACUCAAACAUAA